AUGAUUAUAUCCGGUGCGGUCCACCCCUCUAUUACUACCAACCUCUUGAAAUCCCUCGCAGAUCCAGAUAUAGUCGACCUCUCCUAUGCUCUUGCUGUAUUUCGUCGAAUUCCUAGACCUUCCAACUUCCAGUGGAAUACCAUCAUCAGGGCCUGCUCAAGGAACCAGGUUCCCCAAGAAUCAGUUGCCCUUUACCGUGAAAUGUGUCGCGAAGGUGUUACUCCCGACGUUUAUACCUUUCAGUUCUUGUUUAAGGCUUGUAGUCAGUGCUCUUCGAUCCGGGAAGGUCAGACAGUCCAUGGAAACUUUCUCAAGUUAUUUGACGGUUCCGAUAUCUUUGCUAGGAACUCUUUAAUCCACAUGUACUCCGAGCUCGGGCAUAUCGAAGUAGCCCGAAGAAUAUUUGACGGAAUGGACCAGAAAAAUGUUGUUUCAUGGACGAUGAUGGUUGGUUGUUAUGCAAAAAUUGGGUGCAUGGAUGAGGCUCGGAGUUUGUUUGAUCAAAUGCCUGAAAGAAAUGUUGUUUCCUGGACUAGCAUGAUUGCCAGUUACGUUCAGAUUCAUCAAUUUGAAGAAGCUGUUGGCUUUUUCAAGAAGAUGGUAUCAUCUAACAUUAAGCCAGAUGUCGUUGCCAUGGUUUCAGUGCUCUCCGCUUGUUCCCAUCUACGGGAAUUGGAUUUAGGCAAAUGGGUUCACCAUUUUGUCUCCAAAGAACGGAUUGGCAUGACUAGGCAUUUAGCAGUUGCUUUAAUCGACAUGUAUGCCAAAUGUGGAGAUAUGGAUGCUGCCCGUCAAGUUUUUGAUAGCAUGGGCAGUAAGGUUCUUGUAGCCUGGAAUGCCAUCAUCGAUGGGUACUGCAAAUUGGGAAAGUUGGAUGUUGCUUGUUCCCUUUUUGAUCAGAUGGGUGAUCGGGAUCUUGUAACAUUUAAUUCAAUGAUAACUGGGUAUGUCCAGAAUAGUAGCUUCAAGGACGCCUUCUUACUGUUUUCAGAGCUGUGGCAUUCGGGUUUAAAGCCUGACAACUUCAUGAUUGUGAGUUUACUCUCAGCUUGUGCAAAUUUAGGUGCACUAUAUCAAGGCAAGAUGUUGCAUGCUUAUAUCGAGCAAAGUUCAGCAGAGCCAGAUGUUUUUGUGGGGACAGCACUUGUAGACAUGUAUGCAAAAUGUGGGUUGAUAGGUGAAGCAAAGCAGGUCUUCAACAUAAUGCCCAACAAAGAUGUCUUAGCUUGGACAGUUAUGAUUUCAGGUCUUGCAUUGCACGGAGAUGGGAAAUCUGCUCUUGAUCACUUCUUGUUAAUGAGAGAAGAAGGGAUUAGGCCAAACAGAGUCACAUAUGUUGCUGUCUUGAGUGCAUGUAGUCACUCAGGCCUUGUUGAAGAGGGUUAUUUCCAUUUCAACGAGAUGGUGUCUAUAUUCAAUAUAGAACCUCAAAUUGAGCAUUAUGGUUGUAUGGUUGAUCUUCUUGGUCGUUCUGGAUAUCUAAAGGAUGCUGAGCGACUAAUCCAAAGCAUGCCUGUGGAACCAAAUGCUGUUAUCUGGGGGUCUCUAUUAGGUUCUUGUAGAGUUUAUAAUGAUGUAGAAUUGGCAGAGAAGGCAGCAAAAAAUCUUCUUGUGUUGGAGCCUCAGAAGGAUGCUAUUUACAUAUUAUUAUACAACAUAUAUAAUAGCACUGGAAGGUGGUCCAGUGCUGUUGAGUUGCGGGGCAUGAUGGAGGGUUGCGGUAUCAGAAAAUUGGCUGGUUGUAGUACUAUUGUAAUUGAGGGGAUUGUUCAUGAAUUUAUUGCUGGUGAUAGAUCACAUCCUCAGUUUGAUGAGAUACAAACCAUGAUGAGUGCCAUGGCAACUAGGUUGAAGUUGGCAGGUCAUGUGCCUAGAAUUUCUCAGGUUUCAUUGGAUAUUGAUGAGGAGGAGAAAGAAAAUAUACUGUUCAAUCACAGUGAGAAGAUGGCUAUUGCUUUUGGCAUCCUCAAAUUAGGAAAAAAUAUUCCAAUUCAUAUUCUCAAAAACUUGCGGGUUUGCAGGGAUUGCCACUCUGCAAUCAAGUUGAUUGCAAAAAUUUGGAACAGAGAAAUUGUAGUUAGGGAUCGGAGUCGUUUCCAUCACUUCAGACAGGGACAAUGUUCAUGUGGUGAUUUUUGGUAA